AUGGACUACCCCCUCAAGGUCGCCGACCUUAGCAAGAGGGAGUUGCGGGGGCUGAUCGACGUCCUGAUCAUCGACAGCGAAAAGGAUGCCAAGAAAUCCGAUUAUCUGGGACAGCUACGCAGCCCGGAGACGGUGGAAGAGAUCAGGGAGGCCAUUAAGGCACUGCCGCCGCAGCUACGCCGGCGUUCCAAGUUGGUUCGAGUAAUGUUGUCUCAGCUGCAGAGGGCGACGGCGGAAGCCUUGCUAUGUGAGGCCCACGAGGGGCUCAAUGCCGCUGUCAUUUGCAACAUCCUCGCGCUGGUUAAGGUAGAGGUGACCCACAAUGUGAGACAUAUGAAGUGGUACGGUUCUUUUCUGAGCAAAGAGAUCAGAAACUUGAUUGAUUCCGCACAGGCGCUCAUAGGAAUGUGGUGGGAAAGGAAGAGGGAACACGACUGCCCCCCCAAGGCACCACUCCGCUUCCAGGAGAACAGGUGCCAGGCUUGUAUGUUGGCGAGAAUCGUUUAUGAGCCGUGGUGUUUGCGCGACCUCCGCGCGCUCCUGGUCAGUCGGGUCCAGACACGAGGCCGUCAUCGAGUACCGCAAUUGCUCGCGUUCAUAGACGUGGCCAUUGACUCCUUGGAUGACGAGGAGGGUUUCCCCCACGAACUGAGCUAUAAAAGCAGUAAGUUGGCGUUCAAAGUCAAGGAUAUGCGCAAGGAUGCUUGGUAUGUUUCCACAAGGUACCUUCGCCAAAAGGAGAGAGCACUUGAGAGGGAGCGUGCCAAGAGCGAGAACUUGCGCCAUCGCACUCGGACUCGCAUUGGCAAUUAUGGUAAAAGAUUCAGAACCGCGGGGACCAACACUGACGACGAGGUUCGUCAUCUCUUCGACCGGAUAGACAAAGUAUCUGCUUGUUUCGGAGGCUUGCCUGCAGAAAUUGGGCCAAUAGUGCGUCCCCUGAAUGUAAAAAAGUCAGCUCCUAGAAAGGAAGAUGUGGCCCCAACGCAUGCCCCGAAGAUCAAGGAAUCAAACCCUAUGAAGCAUGUUGUCUCUAUGCUUAAAGAGCUUGCCCUGGAGAAGCCACCGUAUGAUUCGGGAUCAAAAGACGAGAGACUUUCCCCGGAGUUUGCAGACUUGUCGGUCAAGACGUUUGACACUGACCCUCUCCUUGCUCCUGCAAGCCCUUCAACGAGGGAGAUAACGCCACGACACCGAACAAGGUGUCCGGAAGGUAGGACACCUUGUUCGGAAGGUCUAGAAGACAUGAAAUUGUCCAGCCAUUGCGACACGAUAGAGCUGCGCGAGCAGCCUCUUUGGUCGCCCACCUUUGUUGACCAUAUAGUAAGGGAUCCCUAUCACGAAGACCUGCCCUUCUACUCGGAACAGAGCCUCCACACUAUCAGGCAAUCUGCGGCUCCCUUCUUUCGGAAGCCCCGGGUCUCUCUUGGUGUUUCUGAACCGCUCUGA